CAGCUGGAAGUCACAGCAGAGUGAAGACCUGGCUAAGGACUGAUCAUUGCAUCUUCAGCAGAGAGUCAUCACCAUGGGCAAUUGUUGCGAGAGAGUGGGCAACUUUUUUUGCCGGCAGAAGAACACCAAUGUCCGUGUUAGCCUGCCCGCUGUCUGCUUUGUCUGGCAGAUUGCUAUGAUUGUGCUGUUUGGAGUUUUCAUCCGUUAUGAUGAGGAGUCAGACACACAUUGGAUAGAGCACAGAAAAGAUCACAACAUCACCAGUGACAUUGAAAAUGAUUUCUACUUCAGAUAUCCCAGCUUCCAGGAUGUCCAUGUCAUGAUUUUUGUUGGAUUUGGUUUCCUCAUGACCUUCCUGAAACGCUACAGCUUCGGUGGUGUGGGCUUCAACUUCCUAGUUGCCGCCUUUGGCUUGCAGUGGGCUCUUCUCAUGCAAGGCUGGUUCCACACGCUCGACCACACCACUGGAAAAAUCUAUAUCGGAGUAGAGAGUCUGAUCAAUGCAGACUUCUGCUGUGCCGGCUCUUUGAUUGCCUACGGUGCUCUCCUGGGAAAAGUAAGCCCUGUCCAGCUGAUGGUUGUCACCCUAUUUGGCGUCACGCUGUUUGCUGUGGAGGAAUACAUCAUCCUCAGCCUCCUUCAUUGCAGAGAUGCUGGUGGCUCCAUGGUCAUUCACGCCUUUGGAGGGUACUACGGUUUGGCCAUCUCCUGGGUCCUCUACCGACCAAACCUACACCAAAGCAAGCGCCUCAAUGGAUCUGUCUACCACUCUGAUGUGUUUGCCAUGAUUGGCACAUUGUUCCUGUGGAUGUUCUGGCCCAGUUUCAACUCUGCCAUCACGGAUCACGGUGACGGACAGCACAGAGCAGCUAUCAACACUUACCUCGCUCUCGCCUCAUCUGUUCUUACCACCGUGGCCAUCUCCAGCAUGUCAAAGAAAGGAGGAAAAGUGGACAUGGUACAUAUCCAGAAUGCCACUCUGGCAGGUGGUGUUGCCAUGGGAACGGCAGCAGAGUUCAUGAUCACUCCUUACGGUUCACUGAUUGUGGGUUUCUGCUGUGGCAUCAUCUCCACCUUUGGCUACCUGUUUAUCACGCCCUUUUUGGAGAAAUAUUUAAAGCUUCAGGACACAUGUGGUGUUCACAACCUUCACGCUUUGCCAGGGAUGCUUGGUGGCUUCAUAGGCGCCAUAGUUGCGGCAGCUGCCACUGAAUCUGUCUAUGGCCACGAGGGGCUGAUCAACACAUUUGACUUUGAAGGCAGCUUUGCAGACCGAUCUGUAGGAACUCAGGGAGGCUUCCAGGCUGCUGGCUGCUGUGUGGCAAUUGCAUUUGGACUUGUUGGAGGAGCGAUUGUUGGUUUCAUUCUGAGGUUUCCAAUCUGGGGCGACCCUGCUGAUGACAACUGCUUUGAUGAUGAAGUUUACUGGGAGGUUCCUGAGGAUGAGGAGACCAUCCCUCCUGUCUUGGAGUACAACAACCACAUGAUACACAAGCAUCAAGACAUAUCUGAGUCAAACUUCUCUGUGGAGCAAAGUUAGAACUGUUAAAGUGGAAAGUCAACUGCCUCAUAUUACUUUGAACUUGAUAUAGCUGUGAAACAACAUUAUGAAGGAGUCUCCCCAUAAAAAUGGGUAAUUGUCUAAGAGAAGAACAAUAUUUAGCCAUAUUCUGCCAAUCCUGUCCCAGAGCAUUACCACCUGAUUAAAUUUGUCCGGCAAUGAUUGUAAACUUAAGAUUAUGAUGAUGACCAAAUAUCACUUAAGAAUAGCUACAUUUUCAUGAGCCUGGAAAUAGAUUACUGUACAUCAGUUGUUGUACAUCUUUUAUCUUUACAAUCUUUUAUAAUGUUUGCCAUUUUAUGUCGUAUAAAUGAAGAGAUGUUGAUACAACAAAAGAAGCUGUUUAGUUAAUAAUCAGAGGUAUUUGUGCAGCCAAAUUAGGCAAUUUUUGAGUUGUAUAUCUUGUUUCUUUCUAAUUAUGUAUAGGUCUUUUUGUACAUAUGAUUCUAUAUUUUAUUGCACAUGAUUUGUUUGUUGUAUUUACACUCCUACAUUUGAGGGUACUUAACUGUAUGAUUUAAUAA